AUGACACGAGAUGACGCUGUACUGGCUGGUGCCGGAAAAAAGUCCCUGGCUGCUGGAGAUGCCGCCGGAAGUGCCGUUGCGAGAUGCCGCUGCCGCAUUUUGCGCCAGCCCUUACUGCAAACAGUAGCUGCUAGCUACAAAAUAGCGGCAUGCACAAUGUCUUCUAUUGUGUCCGAGGUCUGUAAAGCACUUUGGAAAGCAUUGCAGCCAGAAUUUCUACCAUGCUGCAAUGCAGCGCAGUGGGAAGCUAUCGCAGCUGAUUUUUGGCGGUUGUGGAACUUUCCGAACUGUGUUGGAAGCAUCGAUGGAAAGCAUGUAAACAUCAAGGCCCCGCCGUCAUCUGGUAGUGACUAUUUUAACUACAAGGGUGUACACUCCAUUGUCCUUUUGGCUACCUGCGACGCCAGGUAUAGAUUUACCAUGGUUGAUGUGGGAGGAUACGGGCGAGAAAGUGAUGGAGGAAUCUUUAAGGAGAGCAAAUUUGGUUCCAUGUUGCUCGAGCAGAAACUGAAUCUGCCCCCGCCAGCCAAUCUCCCAGGGACCAGAGUCACACUGCCACAUGUGAUAGUUGGAGAUGCUGCUUUUCCACUUCUGAAUAAUCUCAUGCGUCCCUUUCAAGGAGGCGCAACCAUGACAAUGGAAAAGCAGAUUUACAACUACAGACAUUCCAGAGCCAGAAGUGUUAUCGAGAACAGCUUUGGAAUUUUGGUGGCAAGAUGGAGAAUUCUGGGACGAGCCCUGGAGUUCCAUCCGGACAAAGCAGUCGAUGUUGUGAAGGCGUGUGUCAUGCUUCACAACUUUCUCACAUACACAGAUGAAGCUAACACGCCUGCAAACCGAUACAUCCCUGCUAAUUUUGUUGACACAGAUGCUUCUGGUGUCCCUCAACCUGGGGAAUGGCGAGCGGUUGUUGCAGACAAUGGUGCUUUACAUGCACUCGAUCCACGCUACCUGUCAAGGUGCUGUACCAGCCGAGCUUCUAUGGGUGUUCGUAAUGACCUAAUGUCAUUCUUUCAGUCACCACAAGGACUUGUACCAUGGCAGAACCACAUUGUUUGUCGUGGACUAUUAAAUAAUGUUCCCUGAACAAUCUGAUUGUUAAUAUGUGAGAUGCAAGUGUAAGGGGCUGGACACACGCUGAAAACGCCUUGAGGACACCGAAUGCCAGCUGUUUUUCACCUGAGUGCCAGCUUUCUUCAGCUGCGAGCCGGUUGGUUGCUGUGGUAAUGUCCUGCUCCUCCUUCACUGUGAUUGGGCGGCCGUGUGAGAACUGACAUUGACGAGCGGAGCUUUUCUCCCAAAGUUGAAUCUCUUUCAACUCUCAACGCUCGGCGCCGAGCGCGGAAAAACCGCCGAGCGCUGGUUUUCAGCGCGGAAAAAACCCGCUAGCUGCUGGCUUAUUUGAAAAACGCAGAGCUUCCAUUGGAAACAAUUGAAAACAUGCGCCGGCGGCGGGCGAAAAAAGCUUUGGUGUGCACGCCCCCUAAGGCCAAAGUAUCACAUUUUGCUAAUAUUGAUGCUUCUGUGAGACGAUGAAACAUUCUUGGUAAAAAGGCAUAUCAAAUAAAUGUGAUUUGACUGAAAAUGUAUUUGUGUGGUAUUGUACUUUCUAGAUAUUAUUACAUAUUUCAGGUUAAUCACUUAUUUCUGUUGUAUGCUUAUGCAACAAAUUAUUCAACAAAUUAAUUUUUGGUUUGUUUCUUGGCUGAUCUAUUACACUUUAUAGAUCUGUUUAUUUUUCAUGUAAAGAAACACAUUACAACAUAUUACAGUUGUUUGUUAUUGCUUAACACACAUAUUAUAAAACCGUAUUCUGCGCAAAACUCUAACUUCCUGGUAAAAGUUAUGAAGUCAUCUCAUAUUCUCCUAUGGAAAAUUACUUUUGACCCUGAUGAAAAAACAUGACAAACACCAGGCCUAACAGUACUCCCUAGCCUUGCAAAAUACCAGUGAAAAACAUGUCAAAACACUCAAAUUUCUGCUAAUCAAGAACGGGAAGCUGAAGUAAAAAUGAUAAUUUAAUUCUUCAGUUUCACUUUAAUUGAAAAAAAAUCACAAUGUAUUACCAAUGACCAUAUUUUUAAUGGAGGUUUAUUUUAUUCUCAGUCUAAAGGGUGUACAUUACAUGAAUCUGUACAGAAAAACAAAGUAUGUGAAUGAUGUG